UUAGAUGUUUCCACAUUUACAACAUUCAAUUGAGUACAAUUGAAGAGCUUAUAACAGUUUUCUUAGUCAGUCGAACGCAACCCACCAACAGUCAGCAACUAAUCAUCAAUUCAACACCUCAAAACCAUGCUAAAGCUCAUCAUCAUCACCAUCUCAAUAGGAUUAGCAUCCACAACAGUCUACAAUUAUUGCAGCCACAAUUUGUGUUCAUUAACUGAAUAUAAGCACAUCACGUGUACAGCCACUGGUGACUUGAGUCCAUCAUGCUCAUCAAAUGCUCAAAUUAUUGACCUUACUGGUGCUGAUAAGAAGAAAAUUUUGGAUUUACACAAUCGAUACAGGAACAGAAUUGCGAAUGGUGAUGAGUCUGGAUUUAGCUCAGCUGCAAAGAUGGCUACUUUGGAAUGGGACGACGACCUCGCUGACUACGCUGGCCUCAACGUUCGUCGCUGUCGAGAUGAACACGAUUGUCACAACACACCAGAAAUGAAAUAUUCAGGUCAGAAUCUCUUCUUUGAAGCCAAAACUGAUACCUUUGAACGUGACAUUUCGUCCUUUAUCGACUCUGCAUUCCAAUCUUGGUGGGAUGAGAGAACUUCAGCCUCACAAGACGACAUCAACUCAUGUUGUGGUGCUCCUGGAAAGAUCCCACAUUUCCUUAUGGUUGUCAGUGACCGAGCUAAUCGAGUUGGAUGUGCUUUGUCGCAGUAUGAAGGUCCAUAUGGAAAGACAACUUACAUUGCUUGCAAUUAUUCAUUCACAAUCAUAACUGGACAGGCUGUUUAUGAGACUGGCGAGCCAGCAAGCAAAUGUCAAACUGGAGCUAAUGCAAAAUAUCCAGCAUUGUGCAGUUCACAGGAGGAAGUUGAUCCAAAUAAAGUUUUUUAA